AUGCCCCCCCGGAUCCCGACCCCGGAAGACUUCGCUCCAAUCCAGCAAGUCCUACCCCUGACCCUAGCCUUCCCAAACCCGCCAGAGUCCACAACAGCCAUCCUUAUCCUCUUCCACGGCCUGGGAGAUUCCGAAGCCCCCUUCGCCUCCUUCGCCCGCGCAAUGUCCCUCCCCGGCGUUCUCUCAAUCUCCGUCCGCGGGCCCUCCCCGCUGCCUCCAUCCAUGCUGCCCGACAUGCCCCAGCAGUCCUCCUCCUCCUCUCCGACAGGCCACUUCCACUGGGGCGACGACCUGACCUUCGACCCCGCCACGGACGACAUCUCCCCGGAUCCGGGAUUCACCAAAGCCGCAAACCUAGUCACAGAGAAGCUUAUCCGCGAGACGCUCAUCAGCCACUGCGGCUGGGAGCUGAGCGACAUAAUCCUCUUCGGCUUCGGGCAGGGCGGGUCUCUCGCGCUGGGCCUUGCCUCGCAGCUUCGACUGGGCCCCAAGGUCGUCGACGUGACGGACGGCGGCCAGAAGGCAGGGAAGAGUGUGGACGAGGGCACGCUCAAGGGCGUGCUCUCCAUCGGUGGGCCCCUGCCCCAUUCCAUGAUCCCGACGGCUAGUACGCGCGGCAAGUCGAAGACGAAAGCCUGCCUGGUCCAGCUUGACGAUGACGCUUUUGAUGUUGUGAAGGAAGAGUUUCUUGACGUCAGGGUGGUGAGGUGGAAGCGAAAAGACGUGGCGAUGCCCCGGGACCGCGAGGAGAUGUUUCCUCUGAUGAAGUUCUUUGCCGAGUGUCUGAAGAGUGGUUGGUAG